GGCCAUCGAAGCAGCGAUAAAUCAUCAGACAUGUCAAUGAGAAUCUCUCCCCCGGUCCCAUCCCAUAAUUCGAUUAAACCAUCUUCACUUCGUCUCCUUCAUCCGAUAGUUUAUUCGCUUCUUCUGGUGAAGGGUAGGGCUCAUCGAAGGUCUUUGGCGGUAUCAGUUGCUGUUGCUUAAGAGUGAUUCCGUGGCAAGUAAACUAAUCGGCCGUUGAGCUCUCCCUUUCUCCAUCCGAACCCGGUGGUGACCCGUCGCCGUUUGGGGGAGGUGGGAGUUGUUGUCGCUGCUGCUGAUCGGCUUAAACCCAAUGUUUGACUCCUUUUGAAGCAACGGGCUAUUACCCCCACAAAGCUCCUCCCUUAACGCCUCAAUUUUCAUGGGCUUUGCUCCAAUUCGUCUUAAUUACGGAGAUCGCAGUCAACGGGGCGUUAUUAAUUGCUGCUGACGCCGGAGCUAAUCCCUUGACAUGUUCCCCGAGAGGUUGAAGUUCCCGCGCAGCCCCGGAGUGAGGAGGAGACUAGGUUUAGGAUUCGUGCUCGGGCUAUGGUUCGGGUUCCUGUUCUACCGGCCGGUCGCGGGGCUGAGGCCGCUGAGGGAGAUGGGCCGAGCUUGGGGCGAUGAGAGGCUAUUUGUUAGAAAAGAUGACGAUGGAGUCGGUUCACUUUCUGAAUGGAAUGUAACAGGAACUUAUAAAGGAGCUUGGGGAUUUCUAGAUACAACAAAUAACUCUUCCAGAUUUCCAGAUUUCAAGAAAUCUAAUGGCAAUUCUGUCAUUGAAUUAGUUAGUACCCCAACAAAAAUAAAAGGUGUACAUUAUGUUCAGGGAGUCAUUAUUUUCCAUGAUGUAUUUGACAAUGAACGAACUGUUGGUGGUGCUCAAAUAAGAGUAGAAGGCGUAUAUAUAUGGCCAUUUAGACAACUUCGCAUGGUUGCUAGCAGUGGUAAAGGGGGAGAGUUUAGCCAGGAAGAUGAUUACAUAUUAUCCAAUCCAUAUCACCUGCUAGGAGUAUUCUCGUCCCAGGUGUUUCAAGAAUCUCCGCGGGAUAAGAUAUGGAGAAGGAAGAACUCACCGGUACUUUACGAUGUAGAGAAGCACUGCAACAUUGAAUUUGCUGCCCAGAUUUCACGUGUCUCAUCCAACCAAAAUGAUGGAGAACGUGACAAUUAUCAUUUGGAAGGACUUAUGGAGAGUCCUUCGGUAGAAGAAGAUGGGGAUUGCUUUUCUCCCUUGCUACUAAAUGCUACUUCUCUCAACAUCGAAGUUUACUACAACAAAGCAGUGAAUUAUACCCUGAUGGUCACAUUUGUCUCUUUCCUCCAAGUUCUUCUGCUAAUUCGACAAAUGGAACACAGCAACACUCAAUCAGGAGCUGCCAAAGUUUCAAUUAUAAUGAUUGGCCAACAAGCUAUCAUGGAUGCUUAUCUCUGCCUGUUGCAUUUGACUGCAGGAAUUCUAGUUGAGUCCUUGUUUAAUGCUUUUGCUACCGCAUCGUUCUUCAAGUUUGUUGUUUUCUCCAUCUUUGAGAUGAGGUAUCUUCUCGCCAUUUGGAAAGCGAGUAGACCUAUGAACAAUGGGGAAGGUUGGGAGACAAUGAGGCGUGAGCUCUCGGUUCUUUACAGCCGUUUCUAUGGGAUCCUUUUGGGAGGCAUUCUUCUUAUGUAUGAGUUCCAUAACUAUAUUCGGCCUAUCCUUCUAUUGCUAUACUCCUUUUGGAUACCUCAGAUAAUCACAAAUGUAGUUCGUGAUUCGAGAAAACCUCUGCACCCUCAUUACAUCCUAGGCAUAACAGUAACUCGUCUUGCGGUCCCUUUAUAUGUAUUUGGGUGCCCAAGCAACUUCAUGCGCAUUGAACCCGACAAAAACUGGUGUAUUUGCUUGGGCAUAUUUAUUGGGCUCCAGGCAUCAAUUCUUCUCCUUCAGCACUAUCUUGGGUCACGGUGGUUCAUUCCUCGUCAGAUUUUACCGGAGAAAUAUAGCUACUACAGACGGUUGGACCAGAAUUCAAAUCAUGCCACGGACUGUGUCAUUUGCAUGACUGCCAUCGACCUAACUCAGCGCCCAAGCGAUUGCAUGGUAACUCCUUGUGACCAUUUCUUCCACUCGGGUUGCUUGCAAAGGUGGAUGGACAUAAAGAUGGAAUGCCCAACUUGUCGUCGCCCAUUACCACCAGCCUAAGUUUAGUUCCAAUUGUAUAUUAUUUUUAGGAUCAAACUUUGCCAACCUUGUUCGUUGUGGUUGGAGCUAGGACCUUCUUUCCUUCCUCUUUCUCAAGUGGCUUCACAGGGCGGUCGUGAUUUAACAGAACUGAUUCGAUGAGUCACAAACUGCUGAUAGAGUUUGUAACUAAACUCUUUUUUGUUUUGCAUUAAAAACAUGUAUAUUGAUUGAUCAUUAUAGUGAAUUCGGAAGUAGUUCAGUCUCUGCCA